UGCUUUCAGCAGAGAUUUGGCAGUAGGGAUGGAUGCCAGACCUAUUCUUUAAGCAAGUCAUCGUCAUCCAUCUUUUAGCUGCAAAUAACUAUUGGGCCAUGGCUUUGGUGAGCUGACGCAGUGGGCAUGGCAACGGGUAAGUCUCCAGUGGAGGCUGCAACGGAAGGUCUGCAGCGGCACUUUGGCCACGAAGCUCUUCGACCUUUCCAGGUACAGGCCAUUGAGGCUUGGUCGCAGGGCCAGGAUGCCAUCGUCACACUAAGCACUGGGGCUGGGAAGUCGGUGUGCUUCCAGCUGCCUCCUCUGAUUGAUGGGCGCUGCACCCUGGUGAUCUCGCCCCUGGUGUCGUUGAUGCAGGACCAAGUUCGCACGCUGCGGCAGAGGCAGAUUCCCGCGGCGCUCUUCGGCUCGGGGGCGCACGACGCGAGGCUCUCAGAUUUGGCAGGCAUGUAUCGCGUGGCGUACAUGUGCCCAGAGUUUGCCAUGAGUCGCAUUAGUGAACUUGCCCAACUUCGAGAGUCAAUCUGCCUGCUGGCUAUUGAUGAAGCUCACUGCAUUUCCUCCUGGGGUCACGAGUUCCGGCCCCAGUACAAGCAACUUGGCCAACUGCGUCAAGUGUUGGGCAAGCCUCCCACCAUGGCCAUCACUGCCACAUGCACAGCUGCAGUGAGGGAAGACAUUCGACGGUGCUUGCAGCUUAUCAAUCCCACUGAAGUGCUUGGACCAACAAACCGUCCGAACCUACAGCUUUUAAUCCGCCGCCGUACCACGCUUGAGGAUGAUUUGAAGGACACAUUUGGCCUGAACGCAUCUCGCGAUGGCAUUGACAACACUUCGAUUUCCUCGACCUCAUCAUCCAUAGUGUACGUGCCGACCAAGGCCCGCAGCGAAGAAGUCGCAAAUUGGCUCCAAAGUCAUGGAGUCAAGGCUGCGGCGUAUCAUGCCGGUCUUUCCAUGCAGGCCCGCCAGGAGAGGCACACCGCUUUUAUGCUGGAUGAGCUGCAAGUCAUUGUUGCGACAGUUGCAUUUGGCAUGGGAAUAGACAAGCCAUCUAUCCGCCGCGUCAUCCACUACGGGGGGGUGAGAUCAAUCGAGCACUAUGUUCAGCAGUGUGGCAGGGCUGGUCGGGAUGGAGAGGACGCUGAGUGCAUUGCCUUUGUCCGACCUCAGGAUUUUCAGGAGACACGUGCGCACAUUCUGCAGGACUUUUCAAGGAAUCCAGAUGAGGAAUACUGCAAACGUCUUCUAGCCUUGCAUGGUGAGCUAGUUGCCUUUCUCUCUGAUUCCAGCCAGUGCCGGCGAGUGCGACUGCUGCAGCACUUUGGUGACUUGCCUGGCUCAGUGCCACACGGCCAACCACCCAGAGGAGAGUGCAUCCUGGUAGACGGCAAACCAUGCUGCCAGUGGUGUGAUGUAUGCUUACUUGGUGCGUGCAAGCUGCAACAGCAGGAGGGCGACUUUACCAGGGAGUGCCAGGUGUUUUUGCGUUGCGUGGAUGCUUGUGGAGGCAUGACAGGGAGCACCCUACCCUGCGCGCUGGCCGCUGGUCAGAACAUCGACAGGUUGAGAGCGAAGAAGCUCCAUUUGCACAAGACUUUCGGAAGUGGAGAUUUUCGACCCUUGGCCUGGUGGAAGGCCUUCGUACCUCACCUGCUGCAGGCGGGUCUGCUUCAAGAGAGGCCAUCUUUGCUGGCUAGCGGCCGCAGCUAUGCGGCGUUGUGCCUGACUGCAGCUGGGAAGGCGGUGCUGCAAAAGGUGAGCUCCUUCAAGCUAUGCCCAGUGCCACAUGACCUAGCGGGCGCUGGUACUGCGGAUGCGUUGUCCAAGGUAAGCAAAGCUCAAGUGGAGGUUCGCUCCACAGGGCUUCCAGCUAAGAUUGAGGCAUCUCUCUCAGCUGUGGAUUGCCAAAUGCAGGAGCUUUACAGGCGUCUAUCGCACGUCAGGCAGCAGUGGAUGCGCCGUCUGAACAUCAUGGGCGAGGCCAUCAUAUCAAAUCCCAUCCUCCGAUCGCUGGCAAAGAUUCGACCAGCAUCGGUCCUUGCCGCGCAGCACUAUGUCCCUGGCCUGCCGUCGCUCAUGAACAAAGACAUUUCAGAUCUGUUGCAGGCGCUGGUCGAAGAGGUGAACAAGGCAUGCAAAGAGUUCGCCCUGCCUCAGAACGUGAACACGCAGGCCCAGAAGCGCGCGGGGGAGGACCUGGUCAGCCCCAUGAAGAAGCGCAGUGAAGUCAAUCCGCAGAAGCCGAGCUGCAGGGCGGCCAGCUUCCCAGAUGAAGGUGAUGAUUGUGCUUGUUGCUUGAUGCACCGAGCUGUUGUGGACUGGCAAGGAAGAAGGGCUUCUUCUUAACAUUGUUCUCACCAACAGGGGCAGGCUUUCCGAUCGCUUGCUGUCUUUAGCUGGCUUGGAUUGCACUGUGCUAGUCAUGCCCCUCGAGGAUUCGUUGCCACCCAGUCAGACAGUGCCUUUUGCGUCCACUCUGCAGUGCAAUGAAUCUGAAUGUCCAACUGUGGAGGCGCGCUCUGACGAAUGGUUGGCGCUGCUGGAAAUGUAGAGCCUGUCAAAUGGCUGAUGAGUUCCCCAAGCCAAGAUCCUGAUUUGGUA